CAAAGCAAGACCAUGCAUAGUGCAUAUUCAAUGCAGAAACAUCAAUAUAUAUAGAAAAUAUUAUCAGGAAAAAAUAAACAGUGAAAAUAAAAUGUGGUCGAUUGUUGAAUACUUAAGGAAACCAGAACUUGUGGUAACCGUUCAAGAAUGGUUUGGUAUUGAAUAUGAUGAUACAUAUGACCAAAUUGAAAAAGAGCAAACAUUUUAUGGUCAAAAUAACAUAUCACCAAAUUUAGAAAUGCGAAAACAAUAUUCAAACUAUCCUGAACACAAAAAGCAACGUCGAAAGCAAAUAAGCGAUGAUUGUGCAUCAGAUGUUAAAAAAUCGCAAGAAGAAAGUGUUAAUGUAGAUGAAUCAACUGGAUCCUAUCAAAUAACAAAUAAAUUUUGGUAUUAUUUAUUUCUGCUUGGCACGGAGCUAGGUGAUGAAAUAUUCUACGCAACAAUGAUUCCAUUUUGGUUUUGGAAUAUCGAUGGAGCGGUGGGUCGACGUGUAGUGUUUAUAUGGUCGGUGAUUAUGUACAUCGGACAGGUUUUAAAAGAUAUUAUUCGAUGGCCUAGACCGGGUCGACCAGUUCAUAGAUUACAAAACAAAUGGUCCAUCGAGUAUGGAAUGCCCUCCACUCAUGCAAUGGUCGCAGUUGCUAUGCCGUUUUCUGUUGUUAUCUUUAUGCUCGACCGAUACCAAUUCUCUGCUACCAAUGGGUUCCUUAUUGCGUUUGUUUGGUGUUUAAUCGUGUGUGUUAGUCGCAUUUACUUGGGAAUGCAUAGCGUUGCUGAUGUAAUUGCUGGAAUUUUUUUGACGAUUCUACUUAUGAUACCACUUAUACCGUUGGUCGAUAAAUUGGAUCACAUCAUUCUAUCUUCGACAUUUUCACCGUUGUUUGUGAUCGGUAUUCCAAUUUUGUUGAUUAUUUAUUACCCCUGCUCAGAAAAAUGGACGCCAACGCGUGGUGACACAACGACAAUCAUCAGUGUGGGAACAGGAAUUCUGAUGGGAGCUUGGUUAAAUUAUCAACUGGGUGCUUUUCAACCACCAGAAAUAACCUCGACGCGUCCUUAUGAAAUCAUUUGGCCAACUCAACGAAUGCUUGGCUUAAUCUUAUUAAGAACUAUUUUGGGUUUAUGUGGUGUGAUUGCAACACGAGCACUUGGAAAAUCCAUUGCAUAUGCCGUCGUUUGUAUGCUAUUGGGUCGGGAUCAAAAUGAGGUCAAAGCGUCAGAGAGUACUUUAGAGAAUCGCGACAAAAUCAUAGUGGAGCUCAGCUACAAGUUCUUCGUCUACAGCAGUAUUGGUUUUAUUGUAAACUGUCUUUUGCCGAAUGUUUUCAAAAUGUUGAAUAUCGGUCGACCCGAUUUUUAUACCGAAAUUUAGAUUUAAAUUGAAUUUUGUUUUUUUUUAGCCUUGUAUCACAAUUUUACUGUGCACAUUCCAAGGAGCAAUUACGCUUGAUUUAUAGUUUUUUUUUUGUUAAUCAGAUUAUGUAUUAGAGUGUUUCCCGUAUCAGCAAAUAAAAAAAUGGUAUUUCUUAAUUCAAA